UAUCUUUUGCAACUUUGUUCUGCAGUUUCUGCACACCAUUUCAUUUGCAUUCGCCAUACAUGGUUCAAGUGUUGUUUUAGAUUAUGAAGAAGUCGAGACGACGUCUCGAGUCUGAACUCGAUUACACGAAAGAUGCCGAAGAAAACUCGAAGAUACUUCUGAAAGAGAAGUAUGAGAUGUUAAAAUGGACAGACACUGUGGAAAUCAAGUCGCCAAAUUUGUUGGUUCCUACGCAAAUCGCUAGUUAUGUGGAAUCGCUGCCAUUUUGCAAAAUUACAGUCUCUCCAGCUGCAGACCGCUUUGCUCUCAUGCAUCAUAGUCGUCAGUUGGAUGUCUACGCCAUCGAUGGUCAGAAAAUCGUCCAAGAAUCAAGCGUUCAAGUUCUGGAGGAUGAAUUUCCGCAAUAUUGCCUGCUCGAAUUCAGUGCAUCUGGAACACUACUGCUAUCUACCCGAAGUAGUGCACAAAUCGACGUUUUUGAUCACCAAGGCGGUUACUGCUACGACAUACCCCUGGAAGCGCCACAGAACAAUCUGGAUCUGGUCUGUGCUAUCUCUGCUAUAAGAACUGUCCCGAAUCACUCAUCAGAUGAAAAAUAUGCGGAUAUUUUGUAUGCUCUACAGUAUCAUGGCACAAUGUCCGUCUUCAAAAUCGGGCGGCUAACGCGAUAUCAAGAACUGUGGUCGAUAUCACUAGAUAUCGGUCUUGCUGGGACAUUUUGCGUCCUGCCCAACUACAACCUACUGCUGGUUUCUGCUCAUUAUCGAGCGUCUGCAGAUGAAAUCCUACCGGGAGGGUUAAGCUCAUUCCGCCUAAUCGACACCGAUCCUUUUGUUGAACCAAUUAGAGUGGCAGACGAGCAAGGCGGAUGGCUUUCGCGACUUCCAUUCAGUUCUGCGUCAUAUGCAUAUCUGGUUUCCAUGUCUAUGAAUGAAUCACACUCGAAGCUUGCUGCGGUAUCCAGCAUUGGCGAUUUUUUCUUGUUUGAUUUGCCAUCUACACGCUUAGCCUUUCAAGUCAAGUACAUCUCAGGACCACGGCCUGUUCAAACAGUCUUCAUUGAAGAUGAGGAGGUCGGUGUGCUGUUCCAUUCGGGCGAAAUGAUCAGGAGCUCACUAGAAGAUUUGAAAGAUGCCAUCUAUGCAGUCCAGUAUACUGACAUGUUCACAGCACGAACCACGCUAGUGGCGCCACGUUAUCGCGAGCUCUUUAUACUGGCCACUGAUGCUGGAAGUGAGACGUUACGUGAAGUUGCACUUAGACGUACUUCUCUAGCGUGUCGCUUAUGGAUCUUCACUCUUUGGAGCUCAUUCAAAAAUCUUAUGGGUAUUGCUGCUGGAGAUGCGCCAGCUCCUUUGGAGAAGGCCACACAUUCUGAAUCGCUGAACUUUGCUUUGCUGCAUGCUCCGACAAGGACAUUGCAGGAACUAUUUGAGCGAACGUUGAACGAGCGUGACUACAGCCGCGCCAAGAGCCUAGCGGAAAGCUACGAUACCAUUGAUGUUGACAUCGUGCUCAAGCGCGAGUGGCGUGAUUUUUGUAAUAGCCAGGCGGUAACCGUAGAAAGUGUGGACAGUAUCCUGCGACAAAUACAUGACAAAGAUUGGGUGAUCGAAGCAUGUAGCUCUAGCGAUGCGCCGUCUUUGCAAGUUCAGCAAGCUUUAGUUGAUCUAGGAACAUCGUUCCCAAGCGCUCCAUUGCUGUCUCAAGUUCGUCUUCAUCAUAAUGCUCGUAUACUGAUAGUGUGCGAGGAUGUCAACGAGUAUAUAGAAGUUCGGAACUUGUCUUGUUUGGAUGCGGCAUUCCGAUUUGCUGAGCACCUUGAUCUUGUUUCACUGGACAGACUGAUAGAGCAAAACUAUACGCUGUUGGUCCCAUUCAUACUUGAUAUUCUCUCCCACAUACCUCCAAGUGUGCCGCCAAAUCGAUACGAACACCUUCUCCCGGAGAGAAAUGGGAAGGAAGUGCAACUAGAUAAGACGUUGAAUGCUCACCUAGACGCUCUGUUUUUGCUUGCUAGUGAGGGAAAGGAAGUGGAAGAAGCUGUGCGUCUUUGCAAUACUGGUAGCCAUGAGAUAAUCACGCCGUUGAGCGAUUUUGCUAAAUGGGCCAGAAGUCGAGCUGAGCUAAUGGAUUCAGAAGCUGGAUUACCCGAUCACUGCGUCACAUUGCUCAGUCUCGCUGUUCAAAGGGGUUAUGAAGAGUUAGAGAAAGAUCUGGAAAGCUUUUCGUACUACAAGUCUUUCGUGACUAUGUGCGCUCUCGUUGGUGAAACGUUCCAGAGGUUCUGUGCAGCUCCUGUAGAUCAUUACGUAUCUUUCUUGAAGAAGCUUCCAUCGGAAGAGUUGGUGCGACAUGCUUCUCCUAUUUUCUCGUUACUGAAAUGGAAAACACGAAAUUCUGAAAAUCCUGACGAAGAGCUGAGAAAAGCUGUGUCUUCGUUUCUUCUUGCUACAAGUCAAAGUAGCGUCGACGUUCUAAAGGUUUUUGCCAAAGAACGGAGCAAAAUCGUGGACAGAGACAUGGUCAUUGAAUGCCUUUGCAAUCUGGAGCUGGUUGGUGACAAUCUCUUACGAGCAGUGCACUCAAUUGGCGUCUGUCCCGAGCUGGCAAGCUCAUUAGUCGCGUUUCACCUGCGAGGUGUCAAGCCGACAUUCAAACAACUCUGGAAGAGCACAAGCAAUGUUGAUGCAGCACGAAGGUUGCUUAUCCGGAUGUCGAGAUGUGGACAAGCAGGGACCAUAGCUGAAUGGCAAACGUUACGUGAUGAUGUACUAGAGCUUACGGAAGACAUCUACCCAAUGAUCCACCCAGAUGAAGCUGUCGAUAUCGUGACUCGCGAAAUGUUGUCAGAUACCCGCAUUCCACACGACAAGCGUGUACUCCAGCUUUUCCUAACGCUGGACAAGAAUGCAUCGGGAAAGAAAGUUGAAAGAGGAAAACUGGGAGUUGAAAAGAGUGCGGAGGCGCUCAUUGGAAAAAGCGAAGAAAUGAUGCAAGAAGCUUCUGGACCCGAUGAUCCAGUAUUGUUGCAAUCGCGCAGCUUGGCUGAGGCUGCGCGAGAGAUCGCCCCGAAAGAAGCUGCGCAGCAGUUGAAGCUGCUUGAUACCGUAGAGCUUGCGCAUGAGCUUGGAUCUACCAUUUUACCAGUUUCCAUCAAAUUUGCUGACCCGUAUGAGUUUUUGAAGGAGAUAGUAAAGAUGAGUGGCAACUACAAGCAGGGCGAGAAAUGCGCAAAACUCGCAGUACUUCUUGGGGUAGACACACCAGUUGCUACGGCUCUCUCUUUAUGUGCGUUGUCGGCGCUAGUCGAGCAUGAUGAACGAUAUUUGAAGAAGUAUAUUCAUAAAGUCAUAGAGAAGGGGCGCGAUCUACCCGUUGUCCACGAGCUUUGCAUGCGCAUCAUGGAUUCUCCAUACAUUCCUGGAGUCAUGGACGAUAUAUAUGCAUGCGCUCUUCUGAACGCUCCACAAGACAAACUCUUGGAGACUUUGGACCUGAUCCAAAAUCAUAGAGCAGCAAGAAAACGACGAGAUUACGAAAAGCCAGAAAUCAAUGACAAAUUGGUGAUCGACGCAAUGUAUGCAAGGCCGAGAACUAGCCAGUAUAUCUUGCGGCCAGAUAAGAAGGCUUGUCGAACUCUCAAUGAAUGUUCGGAUAUUCCAACCAGUGAGUUGGCAGCUAUCCUGACCAAUAUCAGUGCGCCACUGGCGUUAUGCACAGCUAUGACUGAAAAUGAGUCCCCACAAUGGACGAAAAACGACUUUUUGCUGAAAUAUGAACAGGCACUUCGCUUCCUCGAACCACAGUUGAAUGAAAAUCUCAUAGAACAUAUACCUCCUUCUGUUCUGAUCUCCCAGACAACAAUGUCAGAUGCAAAUGUUACGAUCUUGGAUAGGAUAUCUAAUUAUGGUUGUGAUCGCGAGCGUUUCGUCGAAGAUUCAGAAUAUCGGACAGAAACCAUCAUAGGACUGGCAAUGUCAGAUGAUGAAAUGAUGUAUGCGGAUGCGCUUCAGUUAGCAGCUGAUUUCAAAAUGAACGACUGGCCGAUACAUUUUGCUUCUCUGGAAAAUGCGCUGACGUCGAUGUCGAUUCCUGAAGCAAAGGCAGUGUUAAAAGCGCGCGGUCAUUUGCCAAGACUUCGUGCAGAACCAGAUAGGCUCCAUCAACAGCUACGCGCUAGCGUCGGUCCACUGAUGACUUCAAAUGAGCAGUUCAUAGCUUAUCUUACAUUGUUUGGUGAAGGACAACCGGAACGAGCUGCUUUACCUGUCUUGAAGAAAAUUCUAGAGAAGAAGCGGGGAAUAAAAGCUGUGCAGCUUUACUCUGAUGCCAAAUUUCUUCGUGACUUUAUCAUCAACAUACCAGAUCGCAUUAUUCUUUCUCUGGUAGACGGCCUUCUCGCUAUACCGGUCGGACCAGAAGCUUGUGAAGCUGCGGCAAGAGUUCUCUUGGAUGGUACAGAUAUGAGGCCUGCCGCAAACCCCGCCGUAAUUUUCGCUUUAUUGAGGAAGGAUGAAACAACUUUCACUGAUCUAGUGGCUUCAAAAAGUCUUUCCGACGAAGUGGAGUAUCUGGAGCGAGCUUCGCUUAUGCUGGGAGCGAUGCCAGAUGCCGACAGCAAACUUGUCGAAACCGUCAGGAAGCGACUGACAUUGUUGCAAACUCCCGUUGAAGAUAGCAAUAGGAGCACGCCAGAACUCUAUGAUCAACAUGAUUCCUUGGUCGUUCACCGUAGAAGAAGAUGAAGUUGGAUGUUGAAUUUCAAUAAUUAAUAUCUGAGAUCAUUGUUAAGUGCAAAUUUUUGCAACUUAUUUUCCCUGCCGUUUUUGCUCCUGGUGUACACUUUUCUUUACUUAUAUAAGUUUGUGAUAGAUUUCUGAUAUCGGGUUGUUUUGUGCUAAACAGAGUAAAUAUCGCAAUAUUCGU